AUGUGGAUUUUCAUCCAAUGGGUGUUGUAAAUAAACAUGAACCCCGAAAAAAAAAAAAAAAAAUAGCAGGCUAUCCAUUAUUGGAAGUUGCAAAAGCUGAAAAGCUUAGUUUUUGUUGCGUGUACCAAAAAAAGAAAAGAUGUAAAAAUUUGUGCUUGUUUCAAAAUGUCGCUAAUCAGAUUUUCUCGCGCGCCUCGUGUUCUCUUCGUCCGUUCAGCCAGUACAGCCAGUACAGCCGGCACAGCACCCACAGGACGUUCGGUCUGUUCGGUUCGUUCUGUUCGUCGUAUCGUCAGUAUCGUCGGCGUCGUUGGCUUCGCUCCGGCGCAUAGUACUAGUCCGUUGUGUUCCAGUGGUUCCAGUCGCUACAUCCCUAAGGGAUUUUAUUCGGGAUUGACGAAGUGCUGCAGAGCGGCGUUUUGUAGUGCCAUCGGUGCCAUGUCCGGUGAACAAGUGUCCGGGCGCUUGCCGAUGCUUGUUACUCCUUUGAAUUACGAGAUCGAGCUCAAACCGGACCUCAAGCAACGAACAUUUGACGGCCGGUCCACAAUUUCGGUGAAGGUAUUGAAGUCCACCCAAGUAGUUGAGCUAAAUGCAUUGAAGCUGCAAAUUUCCUCUGUCCGCUAUGUUUCUAAAGAAGGAAAAGAACUGAAGGCUGCCAGUGUCACCACGUCAAAGGAGUCCAGGAGGGCCACUGUCAGGUUUGAUGUGCCGCUUACUCCGGGUGAAGGACGGCUUGACUUCGUCUUUUCUGGUGAAUUAAAUAGCAAGCUGGUGGGUUUCCAUAUAGUGAAGUACAAGGGCCAAGAUGGUGAAGAGAAGUGUGGAGCAGUCACUCAGUUUGAACCAACUGAUGCCAGGCGGGCAUUUCCCUGCUGGGAUGAACCAUCCAUUAAAGCCACCUUUGACAUUUCUCUGGUUGUGCCCAAGGGUCUGACUGCACUCUCAAAUACGAAUGUGAUUAGCGACACGGAAGUAGUCGGCGACCCAACUCUGCACAAAGUUGCAUUUUCCACCACUCCCAAGAUGUCCACCUACCUUGUUUGCUUUGUGGUUGGAGAGUAUGACUACAUCGAAGCCACUUCUUCGGAUGGUGUGCUAGUUAGAGUGUAUAGUCCCUGUGGCAAAGCAGAGCAAGGAAACUUUGCACUUGAGGUGGCUACCAAGGCACUGCCUUUCUACAAGAGCUACUUCAAUAUUGCCUACCCUUUACCAAAGUUGGACUUGGUUGCUGUCCCCGAUCUGGCUGCUGGUGCUAUGGAAAACUGGGGCAUGGUGACGUACCGCGAAUCUUGCCUUCUUGUGGACAGCCAGAAUACAUCAGCUGAAAGAAAGCAGCGCAUUUCACUGAUUGUGGCUCAUGAACUUGCCCAUCAGUGGUUUGGCAACCUGGUGACAAUGGAAUGGUGGACUAACUUGUGGCUGAAUGAGGGGUUUGCAAGCUUUAUAGAGUACCUUUGUGUUGAUCAUUUGUUUCCGGAGUUUGACAUCUGGACUCAGUUUGUCACCGCGACCUACUCUCAAGCACUUGAGCUUGAUGCCUUGGAUAACAGCCAUCCCAUUGAGGUACCUGUGCGACACCCCUCCGAGAUCGAUGAGAUAUUUGAUGACAUAUCGUAUAACAAAGGUGCAUCUGUCAUCAGGAUGCUUCACAACCACAUCGGAGACAAGAACUUUCGAAAAGGCAUGCACUUAUACUUGACAAAGCACUUGUACUCCAACACAACCACGGAAGAUUUGUGGCACAGCUUGUCCGAGGCCUGCGGUAUGCCAGUGGAGGCCAUAAUGGACACUUGGGUGAAACAGAAAGGAUAUCCUGUUAUCUCGGUUUCUAGUCGUCAGGACGGGGACAACAGGAUCUUGUCGUUGACUCAGGAGAAGUUCAGCGCCGACAGAAAGAGCUCAAAAGAUGGAUCUUUGUGGAUGGUUCCCAUCAGCAUCGUCACCUCUAAGGAUCCAACAGCAGUUGCCAAGCAGAUUUUGCUGGAGUCUUCCUCAACAGAUGUUGUGCUUGAAGGGGUUUCAUCAACUGAGUGGGUAAAGCUGAACCUAGGCACUGUUGGAUGUUAUCGGACCCAUUACAGUCCUGAAAUGCUGAGCCAGUUGAUCCCCGCUGUGAAGAACAAGGAAUUGCUUCCCCUCGACAGGUUCGGUCUCCUACAUGACAUGGUCGCUUUGGUGCAAAGUGGACGCAAGUCAACCGUGGAGGUCUUGUGCCUGAUGAAGGCAUAUACCGAUGAAGAAAACUACAUUGUCUGGAGUUCCAUUAACUCGUGUCUGAGCAAGCUGAACCAGUUGCUAUCAUACACUGACUUCCAGCCACUUUUUCAUGCCUAUGGACGCCAGCUGCUGGGUGCCAUCUUUUCUAAGGUUGGUUGGGACUCCAAGCCUGGCGAGGGCCACUUGGAAACAUUGCUUCGAAGCACAGUGAUUGGUCGGCUGGCCCGCUUCAAAGAUGAAGCUGUGUUGACUGAAGCAAAGAAGAGGCUUGAAGCCCAUAUUGCUGGCACUGCCAUCAUUCCGGCUGACAUUCGGAGCGUGGUCUACCAGGCCGCAGCAUCCACGGCAGAUCGAAAGCUCUAUGAUGCACUCCUGAAGCUGUAUAGGAGCACAGACCUGCAAGAAGAAAGAAACAGGAUUGCUGCGGGCUUGGCAGCUUUCACAGACCCAGAACUGAUCCAAGCUACACUGGAGUUUGCUCUGUCGAGUGAAGUGAAGACACAGGAUGCUGUCUUUGUGAUAAUCUCCUGUGCUGCGACACCCAUCAGCCGGGACAUGGCCUGGAGGUUCUUGCAGAGCAACAAGGGCAUUAUUUGUGAGCGGUUCUCUGGCUUCUUGAUCACUAGACUGGUCAAGCAAGUCACCGAGGACUUUGUCUCUGAAGAGAUGGCCGUGGAAGUGAAGUCAUUCUUCAGCCAGAAUCCCUUUCCAGGCACCGAGCGCACCGUACAGCAGUCCCUGGAAAAUAUUCGUCUGAAUGCUUCAUGGCUUGCAAGAGACACUGAAGCAAUCAGGCAGUAUUUGCUCAAACAUUGAGAUUCUUCUUUUCCUGCAAAUGCUAGUUUUCAGCCUGCAUUAAAACUUCCCACUUUUCUGGCUCAAAAUAAAUGCAUUUUCUUUUUA